ACAUGUUCUUUUGUGGUAAUAAAAAGAGGGUGUGUGCCACCUGUGCUAUACUUUAUAGAUAAUUAUGUCUAGUGAAGAGUCUGAGUUGAUUCAGAUGGCUGGUGAUGGCUCUGUCAAAAAGAGGAAUGGUCAGUGUUGCUGUGUGGGUGUGUGUAGUGUGCUGUUAGUGAUAGCUCUGCUGGUGUGUGCUGCCACUCCCCCACUGUAUGUGGAGGUCAUUCAACCAUACUACAACCAAAUGAUUGACGAGAACGUUCUGCUAACGAACGGUUCUGUUGGACUGUCCCAGUUUGUGUCGUCCAAAGCACCUCUCUAUUCCAGCUACUAUAUCUUUAGUCUGAGCAAUCCUGAUGCCGUCAAGAGUGGUACUGCCAAACCACUACUCAACCAAGUCGGACCCUUUGUCUACAAAGAGAACAGGACCAAGACCAACCUCUCCUGGGAGGGGGGGGUCAGUGGAGAUGAGGUGCUCAAGUUUGACCUGCUUAUCAACUACACGUUUCAACCUCACCUCAGCUAUGGCUUCAAUCCCACCACCACUAAGAUCACCUGCGUUAACCUGCCCCUAAUAGGAGUGCUACGUGAACUGGAGGCUUUGGAUAAGAGCAAGAAAAGUGUUAAAUACCUUCUAGAGUUAGUGGACUUGGCUAUAGAGCAUGCUAUGUCUGGAGAGGGGCUCUUUGUUACCAAGACUGUCCACGAGUUGCUAUGGGGAUACAAGGACAACCUACUCUCUGAUAUCAAAAAAAUACAAGAUGACGCUAACAAACUCUUUAAAAAAAAUUUUACGUUUGUUACGGAUGAUACGUUUGGAUUGGGGAAACUGAGCUCGGUUGAGGCUCCUAAUAGAGUGUAUACUGGAGUGAGUGAUGUGCUCAAGGUGGGGCAUUAUAUUGAGUGGAACAAUCAGACCAGUAUCGCUGGCUGGGGCACACCAACUGCUAGGAAGAUACAAGGUACGGGAGGAUUCAUGUUCCACCCUGGAGUAACUAGGACAGAGAACUUAACAUCAUUCAUCAGUGAACUGUACAGGUCGGGAUAUUUCUCCUAUCGCUAUGACAGCAACGUGUAUGGAGUUACUUUGUACAACUAUUGCCUUCCCAAGGAAGAGCUUCUCAAUACAACACAAGACCCUGGUUUCUAUGCCAACGGUCCGAGUGGCGUCCUCAACAUCACUGCAGUGGCCCCAGGUCAUGUGCCAUUGUUCAUAUCUAAGCCCCACUUCCUUGAUGCUGAUGCAGACUAUCUGGCCAAUGUGUCAGGUCUCCAUCCCAACAGGGCUGAGCAUGAAUCCCAUGUCGGUGUGGAGCCCAUCACAGGCGAGGUGUUGGACGCUGCCAAGAAGCUCCAAAUCAACUUGAGGCUCACACGAUUCUCUGCCCUACCCCACCUCUCCUCUCUGAGGGACCUCACCAUGCUGCCUGUGUACUGGGUGGCUCAGACUGGGAAAAUACCCUCUGAUCUAGCUCAACAGUUUAGCUCCACAGUGUACGGUGCUGAGGAGGAGAUUAGUGGAGGAGUGUACGGAGUGAUAGGCGUCUCUGGUCUAGUGGCGUUGGUGUGUGCUGUGUGUUUAGUGGGUGUACUUGUGUCCAUGUUCAAAAGAUCUAAAACUCAGAGGAGAGGGAGGAAUAUUGAUGAAUCAUCUCCACUCCUUCAUUAACUCCCCUCAUGCUUGUGUUGUGUUGACUGCUUGCAAUUGUGUUUUUAUGGACUUAAUUAAAUCAUUUGUGUGAACUGGACUGUAUCAUGUGAUGAAAAUUUUGGAAACCCCAGGCUGGGAAUCGAA